AUGGCAAGAAAUAGCAAAGGCGGAGAAAUAAAUUGCGGAGAAUGUAAGAAGUUUUUUGCGGAGGAUAAAUUAAUAGCCGACUUAAAAAAUAACCGAUACUUAUGCGAGGGAUGUUAUGAACCAAGGGACGAUGAAACCAAACCGCCCAAGGAUGAUAUUGUUGAGAUUGACGACCAGCCCGAGGACAUUGACGAUAUUGAUGACGAUGAUAUUGAGGAUGGAGACGAUAAAGAGUGUGAAAGCCCACGAGCAUUACGAGGCGAAGCUAGAAUAACAAGAGAAAGACCGCCCAAAGAGACUAACAAAAAAAUUCUUAUAUGUUUAAAUGUUGCCCGUGAUUGGUUAAAUAUUGGACUAAAAGCCACCGACGCCGAUUUUGCCUAUUGGUUAGAGUUAAACGGAUAUAGCCCCGAAUGA